ACUGUCCCACGCAGGGCCGGUUCUGGGUAUAGGCGAGAGGCGAUGGGCUAUAGGUGGUUGCCUAGGUCACCACGGUGAGGGGGGCGCCAUCAUGACCCCUGAACAUUUUUAAUAAGUCCACCAGUGUAACAGAUCACCAGCUCCUGCACUCCUCUGACCUCUGCACCCCUCCUUAGUGAAUCAGUCCAGCCUCACCUCGCUGCUCGCUCUCUCUCCCCCUGCACGCCCCCGGCACACGCACACUGGGAGCCCAGCAAGACGUUUAGAGAAAAAAAAGUUUUAUUUUUCCUCGUUCACCCAGCACUGAGGGUAGGGGCUAACCCACUAACAAGGUGCAUGAAGAGAAUGUUGGAUUGGUUAUUGCAGCUUCAACUGGUAGCAACUGUAGCAUCACUGGAUCCUUUGACCCUUGGUGAAAAAUGUCCCUGAUUAUUAUCCUCUAUAGUUACCCCUUUUUCAAUGGCUGCAUUUAUGUGCAAAGUUUGCAAUAACAGUAAAACCCCCAACCAGGCCCCAUCUGACAGCUUUUACUGCACUGACAAGCAUUGCAUGCAUUUGCCUGUUGUUGUGAAAAUCAAACAUCCUGUUUCUACGAUGCACCAACAAGGAUUUAUAAUCAUUUAGGAAAUUUGGAUACCGAGUAAACCUCAUGUGAUGUCUGGAUGCACCUCAGCGCCUUCAGUGUGUAAUGAUAUCUGAUAACCAGGCUGCAUAUGGAGGUGGUAGAUAGAUAGACACAUAGAUGGGUUAGAUGGAUCAUUUCUGCAGUUUAAACCCAGAAGGAAAGUCAAAUAUCCAGGGACAGCUUACAAAACAGAGGACAUUAAGAAAUAAGAGCCAGUCUUUCAGCUCUCAAACAGAUGUUCAGUUGGUAACAUUCUGCCUUUUUUAUAUAUUUAACAUGACAACAAAAAUAGAAAAAAGAAAACUACGUCAGGUCGGCAGUGAAAACGGAUGAAGAGGAGUCGCUUGGUGAAUGAAUACCCAAAAAGCAUCAUGAUCCCUGAUAAUACACUGAACGGCUCCUAUGUGAACACAAACUGGAAUUCAAGCACUAAAAACAAACUUUGGACAGUUUAGUUGUACUUUUUCUUGUUCCAUGGAGAAAGAGGAGGUAUAGACUGUGGUAGCUCUACUUUGUUAAAGCAGAAUGAAAAGGCCCUGAGCAGUUGUCAUAUCCCUGAGAGGAGGUCUAAAUAUAGACACUUAUUAAUAGACUAUCCCACCAGACCGGACCACUCUGUGUCUCUGCCCUGAAGACAACACAGCUCUGUGGGGAGAGGGGAAUCUUUCUAUGCUGUCUUUCUGUGUGCUGAACCCUCCUACAGCAUGGGUGACAUCCAGCAGUUUGAACAGGACUUCUACCAGACCAGAUAUUACAUAGACGACCAGGGUCAAACUGUGGCGUACUACGAUAACUACGAUUCUACAAGCCCGGCUUAUUACGACGAGGGAUCACAGGCCUUCAUGCCGGAUGUCCUGGAUCCUUCCAUGCAGCAGGAGUACACCGGACAGUUCUACCAACCUCAGAUGCCUUCUGGGACUGUGGAAAACACAGGGAUGGACUCUCCCGAAGAGGAACCCCCCCUUCUAGAGGAGCUUGGCAUCAACUUUGACCACAUCUGGCAGAAGACUCUGACAGUGUUAAACCCUUUUAAGCCAGCAGAUGGCAGCAUCAUGAAUGAAACAGAUCUGACAGGUCCCAUCCUCUUCUGCAUCGCACUCGGGGUCACGUUAAUGAUGGCUGGUAAAGUCCAUUUCGGUUAUGUGUAUGGGACCAGUGCCACUGGCUGCACCGGGAUGUACAUCCUCCUCAGUCUGAUGAGUUCUCUAGCUGUGUCGUUUGGAUGUGUGGCUAGUGUCCUGGGUUACUGCCUCCUGCCCAUGGUGGCCCUCUCUGCUUUCGCCGUCUUCUACUCAUUACAAGAUGUCCUUGGCACAGUUCUGGCCCUGUUGGGGAUCUGUUGGUGUAGUUUUUCAGCCUCAAAGAUCUUCAGCUCCACACUUGCGAUGGAGGGUCAGCAGCUCCUGGUGGCUUAUCCUUGUGCUCUACUCUAUGGGCUUUUUGCUCUUCUAACUGUGUUUUAGUAACAACAAACCUUUAUUUAUGCCCCAAUGCUUAGUUUUAUUUGUAUUUCUUCUAUUGAACAUUCAGUGAGAUUGGAGCUCUGGACCUGAUUAAAAAAGGAAAGACUCAGAGGGGUUUGAGGGGGAUGUGGUGGAUAAUUCUAUUUUAGACCCUUAGCUAUAUGCAAAUGGAAUCAAUUUUCUUGCAAAGAAAACUGAAAUGUAUAAUGUUUUUUUUUUGUACAUCACUUCACAUAUCAAGGUCUGAUUUACUUGUUGUGUUAUCAUGCGAUAUUCAAGCAACACUUCUAUGAAUAAAGAUGUCUGUGCUCCUGUGAAAUGACAAAUCCCUGCUGGUUUGAUGGUGUCAUUUUGAAAUCUUGAUA